ACAGUUUAUGCCGGUGGUAACAAUGGUUGCUGCAAAGAGCUCUCUCACCUGUGCUUUACUUUUUCUUUGCGCUCUGGCCGCUAUUCUGCAUUUAGGCUCCUCGCGUUACGCUCCUAACUGGGAGUCUAUAGACGCUCGGCCGCUCCCCCCUUGGUUCGAUGAGGCCAAGUUCGGGAUAUUCCUGCACUGGGGGGUGUUUUCAGUGCCCUCCUUUGGCAGCGAGUGGUUCUGGUGGAACUGGCAGCACGAGCGCUCGGAUUCCUAUGUCAAGUUCAUGGAGCGCAACUACCGGCCGGGCUUUACCUAUGCAGACUUUGCCGCUCAGUUCACUGCAGAGUUUUACGACCCGGACGCUUGGGCGCAACUCUUUCAAGCCGCCGGGGCCAAGUAUGUUGUCCUGACCACCAAGCACCAUGAAGGUUUCACAAACUGGGGCUCUCCGGUGUCUUGGAACUGGAAUGCAGUAGAUGUUGGGCCACACCGUGACCUGGUGGGAGACUUCAGCAAUGCAUUAAGAAAACGGAACAUAAGCGUUGGUUUGUACCACUCAUUAUUGGAAUGGUUUCACCCACUUUAUCUACUAGACAAACAAAAUGGAUUCAAAACACAGUAUUUUGUUUUUUCAAAGACAAUGCCUGAGCUCUAUGACUUGGUUAACAGAUAUAAACCAGAUCUGAUCUGGUCAGAUGGAGACUGGGAGUCACCUGACACCUACUGGAAUUCUACUGACUUUCUGGCUUGGCUCUACAAUGACAGUCCUGUCAAGGACAAUAUUGUGGUAAAUGAUCGGUGGGGCAGUAAUUGCUCAUGUUAUCAUGGAGGAUACUACAACUGUGUGGAUAAGUUUUCACCCAGCACUUUGCCAACACACAAGUGGGAAAAGUGCACCUCUGUUGAUACAUAUUCCUGGGGCUACAGGCGUAACAUGCAAGUCAACCAGUUAAUGAAUGAAAGAAACAUAAUUUCGGAACUGGUAGAAACUGUGAGCUUUGGAGGAAAUUAUCUCUUGAAUGUUGGUCCCAGUAAGGAGGGGCUUAUAGUGCCCAUCUUUCAGGAAAGAUUAUUGGCUGUAGGAAAGUGGCUGACAAUUAAUGGAGAAGCAAUAUAUGCAUCCAAACCUUGGCGUGUGCAAAAAGAGAAUUCCACAGUUAACCUUUGGUACACCUCUAAAGGUAACAAUGUCUACAGCAUAUUCAUGUCCUGGCCAGAGGAUAAUAUACUAAAGUUGCAGUCCCCCAAAUCGACAUCACAAACUACAGUGACUUUGUUGGGGCUGUCUGGACAUCUUACCUGGAAACAAAGUCCUGAUCUUGGAUUAAUUGUCUCACUGCCAGCAUUACCUCCAGGAGCAUUCCCAGUGGAAGCUGGCUGGGUUCUUAGACUGGAAGAAGUAAACUAAUGUUGCUUUGAAGAUAUAUCUGUCAAUUAUUACAGAAGAAUCACUUUAAUGAAUGUCAGUUCUUGGUUAAUCAGGGUACAAUGAUGAGCAGCUAAUAUUGAGCAAUGUGAUUGUUCUUUUUUCCUAAAAGAAUGAAAAUGAUUAUUGUUUUGUCAUCUUUUUCUGCUUUACUUAAUGACAGAACUGCAUGAGGCAUUGCAAGUUCAUUCUACAUGUUAAAACAUUGUGUUUAUAGUGUUUAUAAAUGUAAUGACUUGUGCCUUAUUUCCUGCAGAAAAAGUAUGUUCAGUUCAUUCCUGCCCCUGACCUGCUCUCUUUUGAAUCACCUGCAUUUUACAGUAACUCUGUAGGGGCUUAUAUGGUCCUGUUUCAGGUACCAUGUGGUUAGAUAGAGCCUCAUUUUCAUUCUACAAGUGUUUAGCCAUUUUUUCCUCUCUAUUAGACAGUAUAACAGUACACGAUUGGUGACGGUUUAGUGUCCGGUAUAGCAUUCUUUUAAUGGAACGUAAACCUUAUCUUUGGUUUUUGCUUUAUUACAUUCUCUUUCAGUUAACCAGUGUACAAACUUUAUCAGUUUAUACUAAUUGAAGGCACCAGGGUAACUAGCAAAUAGGCUCACCAUUCAUUUUGUACUUUAAGGAACUUAGCAAUAGGCACCAUUAACCACUGGCAGUGGUUUGACAUUGUGAUGUUGCCUUUACACUGAACAGAAAGGCAGACACGACAAGACUGUUAAAGCCUUUAGCGAGUAAUGUAACUUCCUCCUUUAUAAACCUGUUUUGUAGCAUAAUCUGCACAAAUUCUUAUCAUGCUGUCCCUAUCAACACGGCUUCCUCAUUAUUUGGGACAAUUUCUCUUGCUUUUCUGCAGGUUUGUUACUUUUUUUUUUAAUAAUUAGGGGUUGGUUUUUGAAUUUAUGGACUUCAUCAUAAGUCAUUAGUGAAAUGUAAAUUUAUAUUGUGUGACAAAAUGUCUACAAAUUAUUAUUUUUGUUUAAGAGGGAAAAAAUGGUAAUAUAACUUUUUAAAAAUCCUGUUUGAAUUAUAAUAAAUAUUCAGUACAUACA